UCCCGCGGUGGUAGGGCCCGGCCAGUUUCCGGUUCCGGCGCGGCCGCCCUGAGUGCGGGCCGGAGCCGCAGCGCGGAGCCAUGGCGCAGCCCGGGCCCCCCCGGCUCUGAGCCCCGGGCCCCCCAUGGCGGCUCCGCACCCCGAGAAGCUGGAGGGAGGAGUCCCGGCCCCGCCGCCCCCCCCGGGGCCCCCCAACCCGCCGGGCAGCGGCCCCCCCGGCGGGCCCGGCAGGAAGCAGGGGAAGGCAGGUCUGCAAAUGAAGAGCCCUGAAAAGAAACGGCGCAAAUCCAACACUCAGGGCCCUGCCUAUUCCCAUCUCUCCGAGUUCGCCCCGCCCCCGACUCCAAUGGUCGAUCACUUGGUGGCCUCCAACCCCUUUGAAGAUGACUUUGGGGCGCCUAAAGUGGGGGCCUCGUCGGCUCCGUUCCUCGGCAACCCGGUGCCCUUUGGGAACUUCCGCAUGCAGGGGGGCAUGACAUCCCAGGUGCCACCGGGCUACGGGGGGGGCCCCCAGGCCAUGCGGAGGCAGCCCCCGCCCUUCGCCCCGAGCCAGAUGGGCCCAGCCUUCAGCAUGCCCCCCCAGAACCCCAACUACGUGCAGCCUGGUGCCAUGAGCUUCCCCAGCCAGCCCUUCAACCAGCCUCUCGGACAGAACUUCAGCCCCCCCGCAGGACAGCUCAUGCAGGGGCCAGUUGGGGGCUUUGGGCCCAUGAUCUCCCCCACCAUGGGGCAGCCUCCCCGGGGAGACAUGGCACCGGGGCCUGCCCUGAAUCCCCCUGCCGGCCCCCCCAUGGCCCAGAGGUUCAGCCAGCCCGCCAAUCUCUUUGGACAGUCUCCCAUGCAGCGGCCCAGCCAGAACCUGCCCCCAAACACCAGCCCCUUCCCUGGGGCUGACCCCGGCUUUCCGGCUGGGGGGGAUGACGGGGGGAAGAACCUCAACCCCCCUCCCAGCACCUUCAGCCAGGAGCCGCACUCAGGCUCACCAGCCGCGGUGAAUGGGGCCCAGCCGAGCUUCGCCCCCAGCAGCGCCAGCCGGAGCAGCAGCACCCCCGAAGCUAACAGCCUCCCGCCCUCCAGCAAGGCGUCUGGCAACUCUGGGCACCAGCCACCGCCGGGCCUGGUGUACCCUUGCGGGGCCUGCCGCAGCGAGGUGAACGACGACCAGGACGCCAUCCUGUGCGAGGCCUCCUGCCAGAAGUGGUUCCACCGGGAGUGCACGGGCAUGACAGAGAAUGCCUACGGGCUGCUCACCACCGAGGCCUCGGCCGUCUGGGCCUGCGACUACUGCCUGAAGACCAAGGAGAUCCAGUCGGUAUACAUCCGGGAGGGCAUGGGGCAACUGGUGGCGGCCAAUGAUGGCUGAGUGGGCGCUGGGCCCGGCUAGGGAGGGGCCGUGCUGCCCUCCCCUCGUACAGAUCCCUGCGUGGUUUUUGGGCCAAUCCCCCCCCCUUAUUUUGUAGCCACCCCUCUCCGUGCGUGCAAGAGACGAUGUCGAGGGCUGGCGUCUGGCUUCGGUAAUGUUUCCUCUCUGUUCUUGCUCGUCUGCGUGGCUGGGCCUGGUGCAGCUCAUGCUCUUUUAAAAUACUUGGUGUGUCCAUUGGAGGGAGAGGAGAGACCAGUUCCUGCCCCCAGAUACCCCCGCGCCUGCCAGCCCAGAGUGUGAAGUCCGGCUCGGGGCUCUGAGGUCUCUGUUACUGGCCGAGCUGAGCGCCAGUGGUAGCAGAAUCUCUGUCUGGGGGCAGAGUAAGUGACUGUUUCACAGAGAGCCCUGGGGCCGGGGGUGUCCUGCAAAUGCGGAUGCUCAGAGCAGUUUCUACUGCAUAGAAGUGGGGCGGAGCUGGCGAGGGCUGUGUCCUGGUGAUGGGGGAGCUGUGGUGUGACCCCUAGAGCUGGGAGCUGAGCCCAGAGCAGUGUUACAGAUCUUCUCCCCCACCCCUGGCCACAGCGAGGGCUGGGAACAGCCAGGGCUCCGUCUCCUGGCAGGGACCUGUAGUGGAACCAGCACGCUGAGCCCUUUGCACUUGAUGGGUGUGAGUGUGUCUGUCCCACCCCUGAGCCGCCACUUCCCAAGCAGCACUCGGCUCUGUGCUGUUGCCGGAGGGGAGGGCAGUGCGUCUGCACCAUGAUUGUGGGGGCGAGGUGCUGCCUGCGUGCGUCAGAGCAGCAGGGAAGGCGGCUUUCUCUCCCUUUCCCCAGACCGCAGCCGGUGCUCGGGACGUGUGUGGAAUCCCGGCUGAGUAGCUGGAGUGCAGGCCCCUCGGAGCCGAGCUGGGCCUGCUGCAGGUGCGAGGUGGGUUCUCCUGAUCACUCACAAAUUGUGUCUGUGGCGAGACCCCCCAGCCACAGCGCUCUCGGCGCCCUGCCCCCCGGGAGGAGCUGCUCUGCCAGGUCCUGCUGCACGCUGGGUUUCCGUAAAGCUCCAGCCCUGGGCCUGGAUGAGGUGAGACCCAGAUUUCGUUCCAAGUCACCCCCCAACCCGGGGGGCUGCUGAGAGCAGCUGGGAGACGGCCCCAGGGGCUCCACAGCCAUUGUUGGAUAUCCUCGCACUUUGGGGUCUGACUCACGAUUUUUGAAUGCCUGGGGCCCAUGGAGCCUCCAGACCCCAUCAUGCCAUGCUGGGUGGGAGAGCCAGACACACCCUGCCCUGCUGGGCCUGUCUGCGCUAGGGGGAGCGUGGCUGCUCCAUUCGUCAUUGGUUGGAUGGUGCCUGUUGCCUUCUGGGUGCCCAUGAAAGCCAGUGGGCGGUUACGCAGCUGAGCAGAAGCUGCCCGUGCCCCUUUCCAGCGUGAGCUACGUCACAGGGCUGGCUACAGGUACAGGGCCGGGGAGGCGCGGAGGGUCCCGCUGUCCCUGGAGCGUGGGGGGCGCACAGGUUGGAAAUGCGCAUGUUGUGCCCAGGCCACGCGCUCUGGCAAAGCAGGACCCAGGCCCGUGGAAGCAGCUUCUGAACGGGGUGGAAACGUCAGCUCAGUCUGUCCGGGCCCCUCCUGUCCCGCCCCCCACGCACAGGGCUAGGGCUCGGAGCAGGCAAUAAGCAGCAGUGGGUGUGAAGGUGUUUUCCUGGGGUUGCCAGCAGCCCAGCACAGAGCUGCCUCCCUUCCCUCUGUGCCAGGGACGUAGCCUGCUGCAGGGCCUGGCUCCCAGCCUGCUGGGCUGCUCCGUGGGCAGCUCAGGUCACCAGCCCGUCGGAUUCCCUCGGCUGCCUGGCAGUUCGUUCACACCGCUCGGCGCUGUCAUUCCAGGCAGCGGCUCCACUCGGGUCAUGUUUGUGAGGGUCUCUUGGCUGCCACACGUUUAAAGCAAAGUGGGGAUUCUGGAACAGACACCCAGAUCCAGGGCCCUGCGCCUGCUGCUGGUGUCGGCGAGAGCUGUGGAGCCCCCGGGGCCGGGGCACCCCUUAGCCGGUGCAGGGGGCAGCUUGCUUUCCACCAGUGGUGCAGGCCUAGAUUAGCGAGCUGUGGUGGUGGUCGGGGGACUGUCUGGACCCGGUUAAGCAGAGAGUGAGACUCGUGGGGGGAGGCGUGAACCCAGAGGCCUGGCCUGGUAGAUGGGCUGGGUCUCUUCCUGCUCCAGUGGCUGAGGGGGGUGGGCAGGUGGUGGCAGGGGCCUGACAUGAGCUAUGGGUGGGGGGGGGGGGUCUGAGCUGAGAACAGCAGCACUGGAAGCAGCUUGGUGCAUGGCACAGGGGCUGAUUGGCAGGUGCACACUUCGCCCUGCUGUGUACACACAUCGCCCGGAGGCAGGUCUGCUAGCUGGCUAACAGCUGCUCGUGUUUAGUAGCCAUGGGCCAUCCCAACCCUCGCUGGGCACCCUGGACUGGGCUGCAGCUGGCCUGUGUGCUGGGCCCUGCUGCUCUCGGGUGGGUUGGGGGAAUCGCCUGGUUUUGUUAAUUUCUUGCUGUUUUGAUGACUUGUUCCCUUUUGUAAAGUGGUUGCUGGUGUGGUUUGUAAUCGUUUUUAACCUCCCAGAGCUUUCUGCAGGACCAGGGGGCGCGGUCUUGCCCCGUUUUAACAGUCUGAGCAUUAAAGGAAAACUUUUUGUAUUGUCCAGCUAUAAAGCUAUUUGAAAGCAGA